CACCCGUCAAAGCAGAGACGAGAGACAACAGGAGAACAAGGGAGGACAGUUCAGCAAAGGAGAUUCAGCGGAGUUUUAUAUAUGUUAGUCUUGAAGCUAGGACCUAACUCUGAGCUCUUACUACGUCUUGAAGUUCAGCUAAACCUCAUCUACCUCAAAGCCAUGACUGCUUGCAUCUUCAUACGAGGAGGGAAGAUUGAGAGAGAACUGGCAGAUGAUGAGAUUGAAGAGCUGCGUGAGGCUUUUGAAGAGUUUGAUAAGGACAAGGACGGACUGAUCAGCUGUAAAGAUCUGGGCAACCUGAUGAGAACUAUGGGUUACAUGCCUACGGAGAUGGAGCUGAUUGAACUUGGACAGAAUAUCAAUAUGAACCUGGGAGGACAGGUGGAUUUUGAAGACUUUGUUGAACUGAUGGCACCAAAACUCCUGGCUGAAACAGCUGGCAUGAUUGGCAUGAAAGAGCUGAGGGAUGCCUUCAAACAGUUUGACAUGGACAACGACGGAGAGAUCACGACAGAAGAGCUAAAGUUAGCUAUGAAUAAGCUGUUGGGGGAAAACAUGAGUCACAAAGAGAUCGACGCCGUGGUCAGAGAGGUCGAUGACAACGGUGAUGGAACUGUAGACUUUGAAGAGUUUGUGAAGAUGAUGUCAAGCUGUUGAGAGAGGUACGGAAGUGAGACGUGACGACACAGUAGCAUUACUGUCCUGUUUAAUUGUUUUUUGUUUUUAUCAGUCUGCACCUUACUUUCUUUCCCAUAACAGUUUUCAUCUUCUUCCUCACUACAUUUUCUCAGCCCUUCCUCGAUUAACCAUAGACGGGAUUUGUAUAACUGUGUAUAAGGAGUUGAUCAAAAUGUAUAACUCGUCUAAUCUUUUACAGUGAGAAUAAGACCUAAAUCAGAUCAUUAUAAUCAGUCUGUUACUAUGUACAUGUUGUAUUCAGCAGGGCAGAUUAUAGGGCUAAGCUAUUAGCAUUCAGCUAGCGUUUAUCUUAAAACUUACUAGCAUGCUAGCUAUUAUAGCUUUUUUUUUUUUACUUCUUACGUUCCUUGGUUUCUGUUGUAAAUUGAAUGCAGAAUUUGGAGCUUUAAACUUAGUAAUAAUUCAGGAAGCUGGAACGAACUGACUAGAUGGUGUGAAAGUCACGAGGAUGGAAAACAGG